GUGCACCUUUUACUCACCAAACAUUUGUUUAGUCUUCCCAAGUAAACCCCAACCCACCUCCAUUCUCAAGGCUUCUCUCUCCCUCUCUCUCUCUCUCUGAAAUGUCGUCCAUGGAGGGGGGAAGGAUGCUAUACCCUCAAAUACAGCUCGAAGAUUACCAGCCAAAAUUCUUAUUUGAUCCGGUUGCAAGAGAAGUAGAGGAACAUAAAGAAGAUAGUAACUUCAGACCUACUGAUGAUGUUGUGAAACUGAAUAAUAUGCGGCAGAGAGAUUGUGAAAGUGAAGCACCCCAAAGCACCAUUGUGGAUAAUGAAGGAGAAAAAGUUGCAGGCACUGUUAAUCAGAAGCAGGGCAGAUACUUCUUUUAUGAGUCAUCGCUAUCUGAAGAUACUGGGGCCUGGAUACCUGUAUCUGUUCCCCCUAUGUCAGGAAGUGAACAUGAAGAAUGGAAUAGAGGUCUCUGCGUGGAUGGAGGUUACUUCCCUGAUGGAGACAUGGGUUGGGAUGAGCUUGCUAGGGAAGAUAAGGAACUGACCAUGUGGGACGUGGUCCUUGAGAUGUUACUCACAGCACGAGGGAAAGUGAGUGCUCUUGCCUCAGGUGAUGUCCAUAGAUGUAGAAUUCCCUGGAUAUCAAGCCAUCUUUUUGAGCAAGCAUGGAAAGAGAUGGCUCAAACUCUUACUGAGGCUAAUUUUGGGAACAUCAAGGAAAUUCUUGAAGCAGAGCCUCCUAGAUGGUUGGCUGACAGUGCUGCUUCUGCUUGUAUGCUGUGUAACGUGCGUUUCCAUCCAAUCAUGUGCUCUAGGCACCACUGCCGGUUUUGUGGAGGGAUAUUUUGCAAUGAGUGCUCUAAAGGGAGGAGCUUAUUGCCUCAAAAGUUCCAAAUUGGAGACCCCCAACGUGUAUGUGAUGUAUGUUGUGUGCGCCUUGAGUCUGUCCAGUCAUAUUUAAUGAAUCAAAUAAGCCAUGCUGCACAGCUUCCAACUCAUGAUCUUACAGACCUGAGCACUUUGCGAUCAUGGCUUAAUUUUCCAUGGGGCCAGACCAUGGAAUAUGAAAUCUAUAAGGCUACAAACGCAAUCCGUGAUUAUAACAAGGUUGGCUCUCUGAAGCCUGAGAAGGCUAUUCCAGAUGCUAUUCUGAAACAAGCAAAAGGCCUUGCUAUCCUUACUGUUGCAAAAGUUGGGGUGAUGAUGACCUAUAAGAUUGGAACAGGGCUAGUUGUCGCUCGCAGAGAAGAUGGAUCUUGGUCUCCACCAUCUGCCAUUUCUUCUUUCGGCAUAGGCUGGGGAGCUCAGGCUGGAGGAGAAGUGACAGACUUCAUAAUUGUAUUGAAAACAAAUGAUUCUGUCAAGACAUUUAGUGGAAAUGUGCAUUUCUCAGUUGGAGCAGGUUUGAGUGCUGCUCUUGGCAUUGUUGGACGAGCUGCAGAAGCUGAUGUACGUGCUGGUGAUGGAGGUUAUGCUGCUUCUUAUACAUACAGCUGCAGUAAAGGUGCAUUUGUUGGUUGCUCACUUGAGGGAAGUAUCGUCAUGACCCGAGCACAAGAGAAUUCCAGAUUCUAUGGUAAUCAAUCCAUCAAUGCAGUAGAUAUACUUCUUGGUUCAUUACCCAGGCCUCCCGCUGCCACCAUUCUCUAUUCUGCACUGUCAGACCUAUUCCAGCAGUUCAAUACGUGAUUGAUGGCCCUCGAGUCUCUGUACUUCCUUCCAAGGAUGUUAGUGCGAGUCCGUCCUCCAACUCAUGUAGAUUCUGUCUGCUUCUCCUAUUUCUGAGCAUAAAUUGCUCUCCAUCUCUAUUCUUUGCUCCUUCCAGAGCAGUCACCACCAAGUGGUUGUACAGCAUAAAGUAAUCUGAAAAAUUCAAUCUAGACGAACACCAUUACCAUUUGUUGAAAUUGAAGGAAGACUAGGGCGGCAUGUGUAAGUUAUGAAUACUUUCAGUGCAUUGCUGCAAGAGUUCACUGAUAGAAAUAUUGAUGCUUUUAUUCAAUUACAUUUACAUUAUCAAUUAUACAAGGUAAUUCUCUCU